UUAUUUUUGAUCAUCUAAAUAUAUUCAUUUCAAGAAUAAGAAAGUGUUUUUUUUUAUUUACCAAAAAAAUAAAAUAUUGGUUUCGCGGGAUUCUAAUUUCUAAACCUAAAAUGCCGUAAAAAAAAACAUAAAUAUAAAUAUUAGUGCAGCAUUUUUAAUAUCUGGAUCCGGACCCGCCCCAAAUUUAAAAAUCCCAAUCCGAAAGCGAAAUCCAAACAAACCCAUAUUCUUCUCUAUCUAUCUCUCUCUAGGGUUUAGGGUUUCCUUUCUUCUUCUUCCUCGCCGCAUCGGAAUUAAUGGCAAACACCGGAUCAGAAGUUGGCCGUUCCCUGAUAAAGCAGCUAGCAUGCACACAGAAAUCAUCACGAGAGAAAGCUCUUCGUCUUCUUCUAAAAUCAUGGCUUCCUUCUCGAUCCGAACCACUUCCCGAAGAAGACGCCAAAAAGCUCUGGAAAGGUCUCUUCUACUGUGUUUGGCACUCUGACAAGCCUCUCGUUCAAGCUGACCUCAUCGAUCGUCUCUCUUCACUUCUGUUAACACUUCAUCCUUCGGUUUCCGUUCAGUAUUUCACCACCUUCUUCAUCACCAUGCGUCGUGAAUGGUCCGGUAUCGAUGCGUUAAGGUUAGAUAAGUUCUACCUUUUGAUUCGUAGAUUUGUUUCAAAGACUUUUUCUCUGAUGAAUAAGAAUUCAUGGGAUUUGGAAUUUGUGAAGUUGAUUAUGAAUUGUUUGGAUGAUGCUACUUUUUCUGCUCAAGAUAAGUUGUUGCAGGGAAAUGGUGUUAAGUAUCAUGUUGCUUCUGUUUUUGUUGAAGAGCUUACGCCUUUUCUUCCGGUUAAGUUGAGUGUUUUAGAAGUGCUUUUUAAGCCGUUUUUCACUGUGAUGGGUAAAUUGCCUGAUAAGGUUUUGUUAGGGAAGAUUAAGAGUGGUUUGUUUGAUUUGCUGUUGACCAAUGGGAAGAGGUUGUUGGAGGUUAAGAAGGCUGGGGAGGAAGAUGGUGAGGGUAAUGGUGAUGUUGUGAAUUUGGGAACGAUAGCGUUGGCUAUGGGUUUUGCACCGAAGUUAUUUGAGUUGGCUUCUGCUCCUGAUUGUGUUCAGGGGAAUAGAAAGGUUUUGUUUGAACUGCAUCGGGAGUUUUUGAAGCUGGAGAAGGAUGCUGGUAAUUCAGGGUUUGAGUUCUCUAUUCCUGAUUCUGUUGUUGAUCAGGAUGAUGAGGAAGUGCCGGAUUUGGUUCCCAUUGUCGAGGUUGAUGCUGAUGUUGGUCCUAAUGGUAAGGUGCUGAAGAAAUGCAAGAAGGGUAAGAAAAAUUCUGUUGACAAAGUGAAAAAGGCAAAUAAAACAAAGAAGAAUAAGAAGAGUGAUGCAUCUGAUUUGAACGGCGAAAAGAUUUCUGCUGAGAAUGGUGAUAAGAAUGUUGCCAGUGAAAAUGGUGGAAAUUUGAAUACUGAGCAGGUUGAUGGUGAAAGCCCGUUGGUUUUGAAUGAGAGUGUGAUUUCAAACCUCCAAAAGCAGUUUGAGAAGGUUGCUGCAGAAGCAGGUUUGGAAGAUGGUGUUGCAAGUGUAUGUGUUACACCCAAAGCUACCGAGACUAAGAAGAGAAAGAGAACCAAGAAUUCUAAAGGAAAGACAUCUCAGGAUUUGGAUCUGAAUGACGGAGAUGCUGAAGACUCUGCGGUAGGAAAGAGUGUGGAGAAAAGUUCCAAGAAGGUAAGGUUUUCCAUGAAAAAUAACUUGGUAUGGAAGCCACAUAGUCCUUUACCUCCACAGAACUUGAGAAUUCCUCCCUCUGUUACACCCAGAGGAAGUGCACUCAAAAAGGGUGUGCCUCCAGGUCCCAUCAGAGAGAUGCCUCUCCAGACCAAAAAGGCGAAAGUGAAGAAGGGCAGAAGGACAAUAAUUGGUGUUGUACCAUCUGUCAAGCGCUUGAAGAAAUUGAGAUCUCGUUCUGUGUGAUUUCCCUUAUGUUGUUAUGGGAUGAUAUUCCCUUGAUUUAUUUUGUCGAAUUUUUUAUUUGUAACUUCUAUAAAAAUUUUGAAUCUUCAUUUUAUGAUAGUUGAUUUCUGCACAAGUGCAAAUCUAAUUGACUUUUAGCUUA